UCGGCGGAAGUUGAGGGAUGAGAGUGUGACGUCACUGUGUUUGGUUGCGUCUGUCUGUACUGAUGUGAGAGACAGUCAGUUAGCAUGCCUUUCAAUUUCGCUUUAACUAUGGUCUGAAGAGGAAAUCAUGAAUCUCCGCGGUGUUUUUCAAGAUUUCAACCCCAGUAAGUUCCUGAUCUAUGCAUGCCUGCUGCUCUUCUCUGUGCUGCUGUCAUUGAAGUUGGAUGGCAUCAUCCAGUGGAGCUACUGGGCGGUGUUUGCACCCAUCUGGCUCUGGAAACUCAUGGUCAUCAUUGGGGCUUCAGUGGGCACUGGGGUGUGGGCUCAUAACCCACAAUACAGGGCUGAAGGAGAGACCUGCGUGGAGUUCAAGGCCAUGCUGAUCGCUGUGGGCAUCCACCUCCUCCUGCUCACCUUUGAAGUUCUGGUGUGUGCCCGCGUAGAACGGGGUUCGCACUUUUGGCUUUUAGUCUUCAUGCCGCUCUUUUUCGUCUCGCCAGUUUCCGUUGCAGCUUGCGUGUGGGGAUUCAGACACGACCGCUCACUGGAGCUGGAGGUUCUCUGCUCGGUCAAUAUUCUUCAGUUCAUCUUUAUUGCAUUGCGACUGGAUGAAAUCAUCAGAUGGCCGUGGUUGGUGGUGUGCGUGCCGUUGUGGAUUCUUAUGUCCUUCUUGUGUCUGGUCGUGCUCUAUUACAUCGUCUGGUCUGUGCUCUUCCUGCGCUCCGUGGAUGUUAUUCCCGAGCAACGGCGUACUCACAUCACCAUGGCGAUCAGCUGGAUGACCAUUGUCGUUCCCCUGCUUACCUUUGAGAUUCUUCUUGUGCAUAAGCUGGAUGGUCAUUAUAGUUCCAACUAUGUUCCAGUGUUUGUGCCUCUCUGGGUGUCUUUGGUUACUCUAAUGGUGACCACGUUCGGUCAGAAAGGAGGCAAUCAUUGGUGGUUUGGAAUUCGCAAGGACUUCUGCCAGUUCCUCCUUGAACUUUUCCCCUUCCUGAGGGAAUACGGCAACAUAUCAUACGAUUUGCACCAUGAAGAUUCCGACGUGUCCGAGGAAAUGCCCAUCCACGAAGCACCAAAAAUCGCUCCAAUGUUUCGUAAGAAGACGGGUGUGGUGAUCACUCAAAGUCCUGGCAAAUACUUUGUGCCACCGCCCAAACUGUGCAUCGACAUGCCAGACUAAUGCUCCGAUUUUGUCAUCGUUUGACUGUUUUCGAACAGUGAGAAAAACCAUAGCACUAUGCACUGGGGUCCACAUUAGGACGUACCCGUUGAGAAAGAAAAAUUCAGUCCUGCUACAAAGAUGUUUCUUUUGAGCUCCAGUUUGGUAAAGACUCUUCAGAAGACGAGCUAAGCUCAAAUUAAGCAGAUCCUAGCCAUUUUAUAUUUGUAAACCAUAGCUUCUUCAGUCAAAUACAACUGCAGAUAUGGGACCUAUUGCCCUCAGGACUGGUUAAACUUUCAAGACAACUCAGUGAAUGAUAUUGUAAAGGCAGUCUAACCUGUAGAUAAAAGAGGGUUUUUACUGGCAGGUGGAUUUCUUUUUUGUUUAAUUUUAAAUUCAUAUAUAACGUAUCUGUCAGUCCUAACUAUGAUGUUUGCUCUUCCACUGCAGUAUUUUUCUCUGUGUAAUCCCAGCAGUUAUGGCAGCCCCCUUAUGAUUGCUGCGUUUAGGGUUACAGAAAGUUGUUAAUUUAAAAAUCUUGGUUUAAAUGCAUUUGAAAUUGAUUUAUUAAUUUGAAAAGGUUUUCAUUUUUUCAAUAAGACAAGGCCUUCCGAAACUGGACGUCUAACAGGAGUACAAUACAACAAUUUUCUACAGUUUAAUUAAACUGACUCCAUAUUGUUCAGUUUGUACGUAAUUAUACAGCUGUCUUUGUGUGAGAUUAUAACCACUUGACAGAACCUGUUAUUACUGUAUAUUCCCUGUAAUUUUAGAAAAGCAGAACCAUGCAUUGAGUUGGCCUUUCACAGUAAACAGUAAGCACUGAUUUGGACCAACUCAUUUGAACACAUUUAUAGUAAAAUUACAAUUUUAACCCCCCCCCCUUUUUUUAAAGAUCUUUAAUUGUUAAUUUAAGUAUUGAGCAGUUACAGUACAUUUUCCAUCCUACACCAAAAAUAAUACAUCCAAAAGUUUUGUUUCAGCAUUUUGCAUAACUGUUAUGUCAGGAAAUUAGAUGUUUCCUUGUGUUGGAUUGUUUCUCUUUAGUAGUCAGAUACUUUGGUCGCUUUCUCAGCUGGUCUGAUGAAACAGCCAUAGAAAUGUAUCAUUGUAGAUAUGGACCAAUAUCACAGUUUUACGUUCUCCAAUGUACUACACAUUUAACACUCGUCGUCGUCAUUGUGUCCAUUCCUUUGUAAAGGCAACGUAGCUUUCAACAGUGCCUGACAUUAAAAUCUCAUUGUUUACCGUGUAAA